AUGGUUGCUUGUUUAUAUGACUUUCUCCGCCUAUUUAUUUUCGCACGACCUAAGGUGGAGGGUAGGGCGUGGUUGGUGUCGCACACCACUUGUGGGUCUAAGAAAAUGAUAACCAUACGGGCUAUGUUUCCUCCAGUCAAAUAUAUAGUGGGAAGAACUGGCUGGAUAAAUGCAUCUCGUGGUUGCUUGGUCUUCGCAUGCACCAAAUGGUUGAUGGUCAACUUUCGCGAGAUUAGAACGCCGUCUGCUGUGAUCGUCCCGAGAGACAUCAGAGGGGUGCGAAAAAACAUGAUAAGGACUUGAAAACUGUCGACUCGAUCGUCUAAGGUUAAAUCAAAGUCCGGGGACGUCCAUUUCCGACGAGGCAUCAUGUACCUUUGGUUUGUGUGAUAAAUAUGAUCAGUCACUUUGGUUUCGUUCUUACUUAGUUACUGUGGGAGCAGGGUUUUCAACUUCCUAAGUUCUUAAUGCUUGUCAGAGAUGGUCGGGUGUGUGGACAGAUUUGGGUUUAGUUAACUUGAGUAAUCGGCGCAAGUGACCUGUGUUGUGGGAUGGACCAACCAAGACCGUUUAUCCAUACUUCCAGAGAGCAGUCUUCAGCGCAACAUGCUUGUGACCUAUUCGCUCUGCCGAGUCGAUAGGAUGUAGGUGUGUUUGUCUGCACAGAGGAUGAUGCUUGUUAGUUACCACCUACCCCAGCCUCCAGUUUAAUUGCGUACACCCAGUGUUACACUGUUGAGUAACGGGUUUUCGGCCAACAUAAAUUGGUUGACAAGGUUUCUCCGUAGAUGAUUGUCGAGUGUGG